GCCGGUCCAAAAUAAACAAUCCCAUUGGUGAUCUGUCAAAAAACAACUGUCAAAUUUCGGCGUCUUUCUACAAUUUGAAGCGUCCAAAACAAUAAUUCCAAAAUCCUCAAUCAUCGGCGUUAUUUUGGUGUUUAUUAAUAAUUAGAACGGUGAAAAAUGUCGAUCGGCGUCCCAAUUAAAGUUCUACAUGAAGCCGAGGGCCACAUAGUGACCUGCGAGACGAUUACCGGCGAAGUUUACAGAGGAAAAUUAAUUGAAGCCGAAGACAACAUGAAUUGCCAGAUGACGCAGAUCACCGUCACUUAUAGAGACGGCAGAGUCGCUCAGCUCGAAAAUGUUUACAUUAGAGGCUCGAAAAUCAGGUUCCUAAUUCUGCCCGAUAUGCUGAAAAACGCCCCAAUGUUCAAGAAACAGACCAAAGCGGGCACUGCGGGCCGAGGAAAAAGCGCUAUACUGCGAGCACAAGCUCGGGGCAGAGGGAGAGGUCAGCCUCCUAUUCGAGGGAGAGGUGGGGCUCCUUGGCAAGCUCCGCAAGGUGGCGCUCCAGGCAGGGGAAGAUAAUUUUCUCAUCUAUAAAAUUAACCUUAAGUUUAACAUGUAAAUAUUUAUUUAAACCAUCUAAAAAGCAUUUUUUUGAAUUUUAUACAUCAAUUUGAUUUGACUGAAUAAGUUGAUCAUGUAAAAAUUACGAAUUUGUUUGUAAUAAAUGGUAUUCUUUUUCUAGAUUGAGUUUUUUUA